CGUGUGAAGUCCGCCAUGCCGCUCAUCAUAAUCACAGGGCUCCCCUGCUCAGGCAAAACGUACCGCGCCCAGCAGAUCGCCUCGUCGCUGGCCAGCUUUGUGACGCCCUCCGCCAACGAACCAUCCAUAUCAAAACGGACCAUCCAGAUUGUCCCUUCACACCACGCGUCAUCCGAUGACCGUGACCGCUCGGAUUCUUCAGAACGGACGACACUUCGAGACCAGAUCUACAAUAGCGCGUCCCACGAGAAGACCGCGAGGGCGGAGGAGUUCUCUGCGAUCAAACGCGCCCUUUCGAAAGACAAUGUCGUGAUCGCCGAUGGAUUGAAUUACAUCAAGGGGUAUAGAUACCAGCUGUGGUGUGAGGCCAAGGCCGCGGGGACGAGAUGUUGCGUCGUCCACGUGGCUGCGCAGGAGGAUGAGUGCAAGCGGUGGAAUCGGGAGAGAUUGAGGGCCUGGGGGAGGGAGCUGGACGGUCACGACGACGGGGUCGGGAAAGAGACGGGGAAUGUGACGGAUAGGCCAACGCAGCACGGACAAGGGGAAAGCGUCCUGGGCCACCUGGUCCCGGAAAGCCAUACUGCCAUCUACGGUGAUCGGGUCCUGGAGAAUGCGACGGGCGCCCGGUCACGCUCGUCCUCGACGGACGGGUCGGACAAUGGCGAGAGUCCAGGCGCAGUCCCCCGGCCCUCGCCAGACGACACAAUGACGCUCAAGUCCCUAUACAUCCACCGAGCGGAUGCAGACGCUCCUGCGUCAAGGGAACCACGACCGGGACCCGACCGUGCGGCCUUACCGCCGACUCACUCGCCCUCGGUUCCAAUCCCCCUGCCGACCUCGUCUCCGCCAUACUCUUCCUCGACGCUCGUCUCCCUCAUGAUGCGCUACGAGCCCCCGUCCCCCUUCUCCCGCUGGGACACGCCUCUCUUCACCGUCCCCUCGGCCGACGCGGGCCCCCCGGUCCAGGAAAUCUGGAACGCGAUCUAUCCCCCUCCACGCCGACCGACCAGCAAGAAAGCACUGAGUCAACUUCCUCCGUCCCAAAGACCCGACGCCGCCGAGACCGGCAACGGAAAGGCGGCGACGACUCCGGCAUCCUCGUCUGGGUCGGUGCUGCCGCCGCCGCCCCAAAAGCCCGACGCGGUGAGACCUCACGCGGCAACCGUGCUCCCGCGCGCCACGGGCUCGGACGCCCUGCAGACUCUCGAGUCCGCCACCAUGGACGUGGUGAGACAUCUGCUCGCGCAGUCACGAGAACAGAAUCUCUCCCAAGCCGGAGAUGGUGGUGGCGACGUGCACCUCUCCAUCCCCCUUUUGCCAGCGGCACCAACCACCUCCACCUCCACCGCCAACCCGCUGCCCGAGCAGCCGCCUUCCUCUCCUGCGGACUCGGCCGCCGCUUCGCCGGCGACGGCGACGGUGGACACGACCAUCCACGUCCCGCCGGGCGUGCCCCUCUCGCAGCCCAUGCUCCAGCGUCUGCGCAGGAAGUACACGCAGAUUCAGCGGGGAGGCAUCGCGCACGGACAAGGAUACGUCCGCGGCCGGAGGCAGAUCGUCGAAGGGUUCAUUGAGUUCCUGGAGGCCGAGUGGGCCGAAGAAUGAAGGAUAUUUGCUUUUGCCAAAGAAAAGGGGGUGAAGGGAGGAAAGAAAUCCCACCGUGGCCCCCACCCCCCUCCACGACGACUACGCGAGUAAACAGAAAAGAAUGGGGUCUGUUCUCGGGCAGAGGCGCGGCGUUGCAGACGGUGGUGGUAUGUUUGUACGUACGUAUGUAUGUACCUCGAGAUUGGCCCUGGAAGCUGGGACUAGACUCGCACAGCAAACAAGAAAGAGCCCAACCGCGGAUGAAACACACAGACGGGGAAGGGGGCUAAGCGGAUGCUAGCCACAGUAAGAACAGAGACGGGAGAGGAGAGGAGAGGCAAAGACAGGAAUACUGAGUUGGCAGAACUGAUCGACGAAAGACGAAUUGAGAGGUUCGCACGAAAAAGGGGAAAGUCGUUUUUCAUUCUCAAUCCAAUUUCCAUUCCCAUUCCCAAACCCGCCCUCAACCAUCCCGCCUUCUUUCCGCCAUUUCUGAUCUCGUCUGAACGAGGACCCAAGAAGCGCAGAGUAGUCUCACCUGGCAUAGGGUUGACUUUGAAAGGGAAUCUAUACUUUCCAAGAUCAUGAACACCCUCCCCCCGUUUGUGCCCCUGGCUUACCCACCAUAGCCCAUAGAUCUUAGACCUCCGAGUGUACCAAAAAAACUUCC